CCGGCAAGGCACAGGAAUGGUGUAUACGUUGUGAGUAUCGUUACUACAUGUAGCCGGGUUAUAAAAGCUGGGUUUUAGGCGUCUUUCUUUCGUUUUUACAAGAGAAAGAAAGGCACUAAGACAGUGAAAGCUCCUUUGCAAGGAAUAACGUUGUUAUUUUCACCGUGAAACUGCAUCAACGACCGCUAUAUCGGAGAAGACGCCGGGAACCGUUGAUCAAACUGACCUUGGUCUUCGCGGUAGAAAUCAUUGCAGCUGAACUAACAACCCAAAAAGGAGCAUUUUGACGGAUUUUAUAAUAACUUCCUCGCGAUCAGCACCCGAAGGGCACUUUUCUUGACUUUAUGCUCAUUUUAUGAGCUAAUCAGUGGAUUAAUUGAAGAAAGAAUUAUCACGUCAAAUUGCCUUUUCGCCUGUCGUGGAUUGAAUUAUUGAGAUUUACAACUUACUUGACUUCAACGCUGGGUUGCAACGUGGGGAUUCCGUUGACUAACCCUUCCAUUCAAGGUUAACAUUUCGGGAAAUAGGAUAAGAGAAAAUCGAUUUUUGAGUUCUGUCUGGUACCAGCUCGGCUAUCUCCUUUGUAAAAGAUUGUCGUUUUCUUGUUCAUUUGCGGGGUAUCAUCAGCAACAGAACGACGUAUUUAUCAUCCUCUCCAGUCAAAGUACCGUAAGCAUAACUUCUACAUCACGUCAAACAAUGGAAGAAAGGUGGCAGCCACUGGGAGGGACAAUCGUUUGAGUCAAGAGAGAUUUAGAAGAUUUGUUUAUGGUUGGAACGUUGUUUUCAUACACCAUCUGACAAUAACUUGAUCAAACUUUAUUGCUCAGGCUUUCAGAUGCGUAAAUCACGCUAAAAUUUUCAACAGCUAAACGAAUUAUUUACUUAACGCAUCUCUGUUAAUUUGUUGCCGAUGGAUCGCAUAGCAACAUAGCGCAUCUGAUGAUUUCGGAGUUGUGUUCUUCCUAUUGAGAUCGGGAAGUACUUAAGAGGAAGAGACCAUGAAUUCAAGGGCACAGCUAGAGAAAUCUUUGUCCUCCAGGCUCAACGGGGUUCAAAUAACCGAUCAAUUAUGCAGGCUAUCAAGGGCAAAAGCACCUCCACCUGUUCUGAAAACUAAUUCCAUAGCGCCACAAAAAUCGUUCAAGUUUCUACCCCAUCCGCCUCAAAACCAGCGAACAUCUGGGCCCCAGGCUCAGGGUAAUGCAAGAACUGAAGGCAAAAGUGUUAAGCCAGUGCCCCCUUCCGAGCCUCGGGCAAAGAAAUCAACAGUGAGGAAGUUUUAUGAUGUAAAGAAGCAGGACAGUUUCAUUGAUGAAGGCAGAAUAAGUGGAGAUGGAGAAUCACUGGAAAACGAAGAGUAUCAGGAGAAAUCAAGGUGUCCAUCAUGGGAGCGCAUGCCAGGAGAUGGCUGUAUUUCAGAUAUUGCUGAAGAGGAUGAAGACGUGGAAGAAGAAGAAGAAGAAGAUGACAUGGACAAAAUUGAUGAUGAUGAUGAUGACAACAAUGACUUUAACGAGGGAAAUAUUGAUGAUGAUUUCUAUGAAUGUGAUGAGCUAGAUGAAGCGGGCUUCUCUGAUAAUGAUGAUGAUGCUGCUGAUGAUGAUGGCUCUCAGUCAAUGAUCAGUACAGCUGCUUCAUCUCGUGUUUCUACUGCUAAAAGCAGAGCAUCAAGUGCAAGAUUAACUUCCCUUAACAGGUGGUCUGGUACAGUAGGCUCCUCAAAACCGUGUUCUGCGUCGUCAAAAAAGACCAAUGCUUGGGCAUCAACUGGUGAUGAAAAACAAGAAAAAGCUCCACCCUUGGUACCCAGCUUAUUUGCCCAUGUACCGUCGACUGUUUACUUUUUUGUGGAGGGUGAAAAAGUUGCUCAACUUUCUCCUGAACUGCGAAAACUUCUCAGAUGGAAAAUGAGUUCCAUAACACCAAAUGUGAUCAAGCAGUGUAUUGCAAGAGUCGGCUUCAAACCAACCAAGAGAAAUGACUGGUUGGGCUACUGGGGAAAGCACAUGAAAGCAACUUGUUUCAAAGCUGUAAGGGAGUAUCAGAAGGUUAACCAUUUUCCUGGUACAUUUCAAAUUGGGAGAAAGGACCGCCUAUGGAGAAAUCUGUCCAGAAUGAUGGUUCACCAUGGGAAGAAGGAUUAUGGUUUUGUUCCUCAAACGUACAUUCUUCCUUAUGACUUCAAACUGCUUAAGAGAACCUGGGAUGAUGGGGGCAGUCGGCAGAAGUGGAUCCUCAAGCCGCCUGCAUCAGCUAGAGGUAUUGGAAUCCGUGUGAUUCAUAAGUGGAAUCAGAUUCCAAGGAAGAGACCAGUCAUUGUCCAAAGAUACCUUGCAAAGCCAUUUCUCAUCAACGGCAGCAAAUUUGAUCUUCGUAUCUAUGUCUACCUCACUUCAUAUGACCCUCUAAGAAUUUAUGUCUUUGAAGAUGGGCUUGUUAGAUUUGCUACAUGCAAGUAUUCAUCUUCUAUGAAGAGUUUAAGCAACAAGUUUAUGCAUCUGACAAAUUACAGCAUCAACAAGAAGAAUGAAGGAGCAUACCAAGCGAACUCAGAUGAAACUGUUUGUCAGGGUCACAAAUGGAGUUUGAAAGCUCUUUGGGGUUAUAUGAAGCGCAUUAACAUCAACCAUGCUCAUGUUUGGGAGACAAUCAAGGACCUGGUUGUCAAAGCCAUCAUAGCGUCUGAUUCUUCAGUUAACACUAUGGUGAAACAAAAUGUGAGAAAAAGAUCCUGCUGUCAUGAGCUAUUUGGGUUUGAUGUCAUGUUGGAUGAAAAUCUUAAACCCUGGCUCUUGGAAGUGAAUAUAUCACCAAGUCUUCAUUCCACAUCUCAACUGGAUCGUAACAUCAAGGGUCAGAUGAUCAAGGACUUGUUAAACCUUGCUGGGUUUUGCAUUCCAGAAAAUUUGGUCACAACUUCAACUUCAAGCACAAGCAACAUGAACCAGUUUGUCCAGGACAAGGGAGUGCCAGGUCUCUCUGCAGACGAAAGAGCUAAGCAUGCAUUUUACGUUCAGCGUCAUUUGGAUGAGCGCACCAAGCAGUCAAUUCUGGACAUCUUGACCCCAGAUGACAUAAGGAUGUUGAUGGAGACAGAAGAUGAGAACAGUAGAAGAGGAUGUUUCCAAAGAGUUUUUCCAUCACUCUCAUCUAACAAGUAUUUAAGAUUUUUUGAGUCGCAGAGAUACUACAAUAUCUUGCUGGAUGAAUGGACGAGAAAAUACAUGAGAGAGGGACGUAGUACAGCAUUAGGUGUAGCUGUUCUUCAGGGAUAUGCUGAGAGGAAACUUCACCUUGGGCCAACAUCAGAUCCUGCCCAUCAGUGGACAUGUCCUCAGGGUAUGACAUACAGAUCCUCAUCAGCUCCAGUUCUGGGUUUGGGCCAUGGACUUGUCAAAUCAAGUGCAUCGGCACCAGUGCUCCUACCUAAGAUCAAAAGGAAGUCAACCAAAUCGCACACGUACAAGGUGUCUUCCAAUUCGGCGACGUCCUCUGAAAGAACGAAACAGAUGCUGAGAACACGAAUGAAAUCGAACAUAUGACUAGUGCAGGACAUGGGACCGCUUAAUACUGUGACAACGACUACCGUCCCUCCACUCCCUUAUCUUCAUCAACAGCCUGUGGGGAGUGGGCAAGAAGAGUGCAUUGAUAACAGACAUGCGCAUUGCACGAUCGAGACUUGUCAUCAGAAACGGUUCCUACAUGAGCUUUUGAUUCACCUCAAUAGACUGAAUUUAAGCGCAGACAGAUACGCGUAAGCAGACAGGUCCAAUAUUUUUUUUUUCUGUUGGGCCUGAUUCGAAUUCGCAAAGUACAUUUUGUACAUUGUAUAUUUUUCGUGAGUUUCGACAAAUAAGAAUACUGGCGAAAACUUAAGAGUAGUUUUAUAACACUACCUCCCACGAGUGGUUUGAUUGUAAAUAGAAAGAUUGUAUAGCUUAUAGGAUUCCUGCCGUUCUUGUGUUAUCUAAAUCCAAACAGUAUGUGUGCGUUCUUCACUUGGCAGAUUUCGUCCAAACGGUCCACUUCACAUAUUUUAUAUUUUUGUUUUAUUUUUCUUCUGUUUUCAAUCAAUGCCAACAGCAGUCUUUCUUUUCUUUUUAAAACAAAUGUACAUAACAUUCAAGUGUCAAAGCACUUGCCUAUAAGAAGUUUCGACAAAAACAAAAGUCGAAUUUGCAUGAUAUAUACCCAAUGUUUUCUUUUUCUUCUGCUUUCAAAAAUGUCUAUAAGGCUUUCUAACAAGCAAACAUACAUAAAAUUCAAGUGUCCGUGGACUUGCGUAUAAGAUGUUUCGACAAAACAGAAGUCGAAUUUGCAUAAUACAUAAAACUUUGUACUAUAUUUCUAUUGUCAGAACGUAUUUAUUUACCAAAUCGAUAUGCAAUUUCCGGGAAAAAAUGCUUUUUAAUAUAAAACAGGGAAUAAAAAGGGUUUUAAAUUGAGAAGUGUGUAAUUUAAAGCAUAAAUUAAAAGAUGGUUGACAUUA